AUGCGGCCAACGGAGAAAACCUUCCACUUUCGGCGCAGAUCAGAGUCUCCCGCUGGGGGUGCUGCGAAGCUGCCCGCACGCUCGGACUCUGAGCAACGAUCUUGCGGUGUCCAGAACGAAAACAGAGCCGUUGUAGUGGCGGGCGAGGCAGCGGCGACAAGCGUUUGCGCGGAGCCCUGCGCUGGUGACAAAUCGUCUGUCGGUAUCCAAAAGCGGCACGGUGAACAACAGUCAACGGGUGUGGUGCGUGGACUCGAGGCAGUAGUCUCUGCGAACGGGUUGCUCUGUGAGCGUAUUCCGCGCGACAUAGCCCAGGAGGUGCGGCUGCUCCGUCUGUGCGAGUGGUUCGCGCUUGCCUCUCUUGACGGUUUCCGCCAGCGCCUCGUCGCCUCCCAGGACCUUUACCAGAAAACUGCAGGUCUUGAAUGCGUAUCUGAGAACGAGCUGUGCUGUUGUAUUGCGCUCUUUGAGGGUGCGGUAUCCACGUUCUUGAAAGACAUAGAGGAGCGUUUUGUCACACCAAAUCGCUUACUCACCAGCGCGCCUCCAGAUACUCCAGAAUCUGAGGAGCGUCCACGUUUAGAGGAGCUGACCUUCGCCGAUGUGAACAGGUUGUUGCAAAGACCAAUGCGACCGAACAAACACAACCAGCGAAUGCGCAAAUCCCUCAGCGCCCUUACUGCACUUGAAGCUCUGUAUGACCGUGAAAUUGCUGGCUGGGAGGACGUUCAGAAUUUCCUGCACGAUGAGAAUCAAGAGGCUAUGGAGUCGGAUGAAGCAUGCGCCCUUUCGCCCGUUGACUCGACGCAAACCGACCAGGCGCUGCAUGAUAUACGCGACCACCAAAAGCGUUUAGAGGAAAAUAUUCUACUCCAUCUAGACCAGCUGGAGCGACAUCUGCAGCGCCUGUUCCUCAGGUACCAAGCAGCUGAUGAGUUCUGUCUCAGCACCGCGCGUCGUAUUAACUCAGAUGCAUUCGCCGGCCUCGUCGACAUCGGAGAGACCCGAAAACUGCUCGCGAAUGCGCCAUCAGCCGUCUGGCUAGAGCAAGCGGAAGCCUGA